AGCGCGGCUGGAAAAGGGGGAGUAAAAUAAAACUUAAAACAUUAUCCUAUUCCCCCCCCUCCCCCUACCCCCUCCACUCCACCGACAAGUGAUUUAUAACACGGUCCCGGCAUUAGAGACUGGUAGCCGAGCGUAGGUUGCGGAGACCGGAGCGGCCUUGCCUUGCCCUAGUUGCCGGGCUGAGGAAGGAAGGAAGGAAGGAAGAUGUCGGAGAACCAGGCGAACAACGCCAACAACCGGGCGCGGAACAACAACGUCAACCCCAACCCGCUCAUCAAUGUCCGCGACCGCCUCUUCCACGCUCUCUUCUUCAAGAUGGCCGUCACCUACGCCAGGGUCUUCCCCCCCUCGUUCCGCAGGAUGUUCGAGUUCUUCGUGCUGCUCAAGGCUCUCUUUGUACUUUUUAUUUUGGCUUAUAUUCACAUUGCCUUUUCGCGAUCUCCAAUCAACUGCUUGGAGCAUAUCCGUGAGAAAUGGCCGCGGGAUGGUAUUCUCCGUGUAGAAAUCCAACGGAAUUCCAGCCGUGCACCCAUUUUUCUUCAGUUCUACGAAUCGGAUAACUUUGCAGGAAUGGUGAAGGAGCCAACAGAAGAUGAAGAAGAGCUGAGCGUAGAAAUGUUUGACAACACUUCCAUACAGUUUGAACUAGACAUAGAGCCUAAAGUGUUCUUAAAGCCCUCACUUGGAAAUAAGCCUGACGUUGUAACACAGGUGGUGCAAAAUGACAGCCAGGGACUUUCAUUUACAGAGGCACCGACGAAAGGAAUGCAGCCUCUGCAGGAAACUGUCUCCGAGUUUGAGAUGCUGACAAGAGCAGUUUGGCCACAAGAGGAGUACAUUGUUGAAUACUCAUUGGAGUAUGGAUUCCUGCGUCUCUCUCAGAGCACCAGGCAGCGCCUCAACAUCCCAGUUAUGGUCGUUACGCUAGAUCCAACUAAAGAUCUCUGCUUUGGGGAUGGCUUUAGCCGGUUUCUUUUGGAUGAAUUCUUGGGGUAUGAUGAUAUACUGAUGUCCAGUGUGAAAGCAUUGGCGGAAAAUGAAGAAAACAAAGGGUUUUUGCGCAAUGUUGUAUCAGGAGAACACUACCGUUUUGUCAGCAUGUGGAUGGCCAGAACCUCCUACCUAGCAGCCUUCGUCAUCAUGGUCAUAUUUACAUUGUCAGUUUCUAUGCUGUUACGUUACUCUCAUCAUCAGAUCUUUGUCUUUAUUGUUGAUUUGUUGCAGAUGCUGGAGAUGAACAUGACCAUUGCAUUUCCUGCAGCUCCUUUACUUACAGUGAUACUAGCACUCGUUGGGAUGGAAGCCAUAAUGUCGGAAUUCUUCAAUGACACGACCACGGCCUUUUAUAUCAUUUUAAUUGUCUGGUUGGCAGACCAGUAUGACGCAAUUUGCUGUCACACUAACACCAGCAAACGCCAUUGGCUUCGAUUCUUUUACCUGUACCACUUUGCCUUUUAUGCCUAUCAUUAUCGCUUCAAUGGCCAGUACAGCAGUUUGGCUUUGGUAACAUCUUGGCUGUUCAUUCAGCACUCGAUGAUCUACUUCUUCCAUCACUAUGAACUGCCUGCUAUUCUUCAACAAAUUCGCAUUCAGGAGAUGUUGCUCCAGAACCAACAGGCUGGCCAAGCCAACCAGACAACACUUCAGGAUAACCUCAACAACAACACUGCCACAGAAAGUGUUCAACAAAACCCCACUGAUCCAGAAAAUCUUCUUGAACCUACUCCUGGUCCAGCCCAGUCGAAUGAUGCCCCCAGCCUAGCAGACAGCAUUCAACCUACUCGCGUGCAGAAUGCAAACCCUGAGGCGACCCCAUUAAGUGGUGAUCUGAAUUGGGUGGCAGAAACUGCAGCAAUCAUAUCAGAAGGCAUUGCAGCUCCAGAAAGGAAUACUUCUGCAGAGAGCUCCGGCAAUGUGAACGAGAUAUUAAGUAAUAGUGGUUCAAAUGUCCCGAAUGUUUUAAAUGAUUCUAGUCCCAUUGAACAUGUUCAACCAACUUCAAGUUCCGAAGCUAAUGAAGCCUUGUCUUCGCACAGUGGUGAUCUUCAAACAGUAAUGGACCUCAGCACAAGGAAUCAUUGUGCAACAGAGAACCAAGAGGGAGUUGUCACUAAAAGUGACCGCCAGGACUUGUGUCCCACACAAGACAAUGAAACCCAUGUGCAUUCAUCUCUACCUGAUAAUGAUGUUAGCUUUGACCAAUCAGAAAUGGACCGUGGCAGCCAAACUAAUGUUUCAAAGAGCACAAACACAGAGACAAGUGGGCACAGCGUUUCAUGAACCUUCCGGCAUGUUUGCUGUUCUAUCAGGCAGUUUGCUAAAAAGGCCCUUUUUUUAAAAAGUUCACAAAAUAUGUACCAAUUGGUAAGGGGGAUCCACUGUAACAUCGAGCGUUUUCAUUUGCAAAACCAAAAUGUCCCACUACUUUCAGCUGGUUUCCUAAAGUAAAUAGGAGGGAGUGGAGCAGCACCCUGUUCGGUGAACGUUAAUGGUCGGAGCUCAAUUGGAAUGAUAACCCCCUCCAUUCAAUCACCGUGUCCCUAACCGUCAGCACUGCUGUGUGCAUUACUGUUACACUAGUGCAAUGAUCGGUCUGCAGUGGCAGCGGAAGACCUCCUACAAAGAAUCAACGGAACUCGCAGCUGGGUACCCAAAAAAAGGCAAACGUGUGAAAGGCGGUAGAAGAUGCUUGUUCCUUUGAACUCACAGCAUACAUACAUGUAAGUUGAUUCCACAGUGCAAUAAUUUGACGUGUAUUGAUUCAAUUCUGCUAAUGUCUUAUUACCUGAAAGACUUUCAAGUCUUCUUUCUUGAACUGGUGCCUACAUACAGAAGAAAUUCAAAAGAAGGUAGUGUAGCAAUUCCAGUGGCUUCUAAUAAACUUUAAACCUAAACUAAUUUGGAACUGAUUCUGAUUGAUUUUUUUUUUUUUUGUUGACAAUAUUGUAUUUAAAUGUAAUGUAAGAGUUUCAGUCUUUGUACAUAUUAAAAUAAAUGAGA